GAGAGCGCGCCCGGGAGCAGCAGCAGCCGCCGCAGGAAGGAGAAGAGCAGAGCAGAGCGGAGCAGAGCAGCGCGGAGGAGAGGCGGCGCUGGCAAGAGGAGGCAGGCGGGGACCUGGCUCUUCUGGAUGCUGGAUUUUCGGACUCUCGCCGACUCUCUCCUGCUCCCCGGCGCCGCACUGUGAGAGACACGCACGAGCGUCAGGCAGCAGCGGCGGGGCUUCGCUCGUAGCUGCUGCUGCAGCUGCUGCUACUGCUGCUGCUACUUCUGCUGCAGCAGCUGCAGCUGCUGCUGCUGCGGGGCUCGGAUUAAAUUGGCCGCCCCGGAGCCGACCGGGAGCAGCGGGAGGAGGUGGCGGCGGCGGCGGCGGCGGCGGCGGGAAGCAGCGGCAGGCGGGCGGGCAGCGGCGAAGGCUGCUGCUGGGACCGGGGGAGCCAGCAUGACCAGGCUCUGAAAAUACUUCAUCUGAAAUUUCAGACUGGACAGACUCGCAGUGGCUUCUAAGCCAGUGAGAACAAGGCUGCGAAAGCAUGCUGGUGCCAAGCUGUCAGAUGAUGCACGUAGUCAGGCCAAUGGUGGUGCUCCUGUGCUUGCUGCUCUAUGCUGAUGCUGAAACACCACCAAAGUUUACAAGAACUCCCGUUGACCAGACAGGGGUUUCAGGAGGAGUCGCCUCGUUCAUCUGUCAAGCCACAGGAGAUCCAAGACCUAAAAUUGUCUGGAACAAAAAAGGAAAGAAAGUCAGCAAUCAGAGAUUUGAGGUAAUAGAGUUUGAUGAUGGAUCUGGGUCAGUUCUCAGAAUACAACCACUGCGCACACCACGAGAUGAAGCUAUUUACGAAUGCGUGGCUUCCAACAGUGUUGGUGAGAUAAGUGUGUCCACAAGACUCACUGUUUUACGCGAGGAUCAAAUUCCUCGAGGUUUUCCAACCAUUGAUAUGGGCCCACAGCUGAAGGUGGUUGAACGAACUCGUACAGCUACCAUGUUAUGUGCAGCCAGUGGCAAUCCUGAUCCUGAAAUAACUUGGUUCAAAGAUUUCUUACCAGUUGACACAAGCAACAACAAUGGCCGCAUCAAGCAGCUACGCUCAGAAUCUAUUGGUGGUACACCAAUAAGAGGUGCCCUCCAAAUUGAACUGAGUGAAGAAUCUGACCAAGGCAAAUAUGAGUGUGUUGCAACCAACAGUGCGGGUACACGCUAUUCUGCCCCUGCCAAUCUAUAUGUCAGAGAGCUGCGAGAAGUUCGGCGGGUCCCACCAAGAUUCUCUAUCCCCCCCACAAAUCAUGAGAUCAUGCCUGGCGGGAGUGUAAAUAUCACCUGUGUUGCGGUGGGAUCACCAAUGCCAUAUGUGAAGUGGAUGCUAGGAGCAGAAGAUUUGACACCUGAGGAUGAUAUGCCAAUAGGGAGAAACGUCCUUGAGCUUAAUGAUGUCAGACAGUCUGCAAACUAUACUUGCGUUGCUAUGUCUACCCUUGGUGUUAUAGAAGCAAUAGCACAGAUAACUGUCAAAGCCUUACCCAAACCUCCUGGAACACCUGUGGUGACAGAAAGCACAGCAACUAGCAUAACGUUGACUUGGGAUUCUGGAAAUCCUGAGCCGGUUUCUUACUACAUAAUCCAACACAAACCCAAAAACUCUGAGGAGCCAUAUAAAGAAAUUGAUGGGGUGGCCACAACUCGUUACAGUGUGGCUGGCCUGAGCCCAUAUUCAGAGUAUGAAUUUCGGGUAGUUGCUGUAAAUAACAUUGGGCGAGGGCCACCCAGCGAGCCUGUGUCAACCAGGACUUCAGAACAGGCACCUUCAAGUGCACCACGCAACGUACAGGCCCGCAUGCUGAGCUCCACCACCAUUCUGGUACAGUGGGAAGAACCCGAGGAACCUAAUGGUCAAAUACAAGGUUACAGAGUUUAUUACACCAUGGACCCCACUCAGCAUGUCAACAGUUGGAUGAAGCACAAUGUGGCUGACAGCCAUAUUACCACUAUUGGGAAUCUUGUACCCCAGAAAACAUACUCUGUGAAGGUUCUUGCUUUUACUUCUGUUGGGGAUGGACCACUUUCUAGUGACAUUCAAGUCAUCACUCAAACAGGAGUGCCUGGUCAGCCACUGAACUUCAAAGCAGAACCUGAGUCUGAAACAAGCAUACUGCUUUCCUGGACACCUCCACGGUCUGAUACCAUUUCCAGCUAUGAACUGGUUUACAAAGAUGGGGAGCAUGGGGAGGAACAACGGGUUUCCACUGAACCUACUACAUCAUAUCGUCUGCAAGGCUUAAGGCCAAACAGCCUGUACUUGUUCCGCCUAGCUGCACGCUCUCCUCAAGGGCUGGGUGCUUCAACAGCAGAAAUCUCAGCGAGAACCAUGCAGUCAAAGCCAUCAGCUCCUCCUCAAGACAUUAGUUGCACAAGCCCCAGCUCCACUAGCAUUUUGGUAAGUUGGAAACCUCCACCGGUGGAAAAACAGAAUGGCAUUAUAACUGCAUACUCCAUCAAGUACAUUGGGAUUGAUGGAGAAGAUGUCAAGCCCCAUGAAAUUUUGGGAAUUUCCUCGGACAGUACCCAGUACCUUUUGGAACAGCUGGAAAAAUGGACUGAGUACCGGAUCUCUGUGACUGCUCACACUGAUGUUGGACCUGGCCCAGAGAGCUUAGCAGUAUUGAUUCGGACAGAUGAAGAUGUUCCUAGUGGUCCUCCUCGCAAAGUCGAGGUAGAGGCUGUCAACUCUACUGCUGUUAAAGUGUCCUGGCGCUCGCCUGUGCCCAAUAAGCAGCACGGUCAGAUACGAGGAUACCAGGUCCACUACGUGAGGAUGGAAAACGGAGAGCCAAAGGGUCAGCCCAUGCUGAAGGACAUCAUGCUAGCAGAUGCACAGUGGGAAUAUGAUGAUACUACUGAACAUGAAAUGAUAAUUUCUGGGCUUCAGCCUGAGACCACAUACUCUUUCACUGUGACAGCCUAUACAACUAAAGGUGAUGGAGCACGCAGCAAACCCAAACUUGUAUCUACUACUGGUGCAGUUCCAGGCAAACCUCGGCUUGUGAUUAGCCACACACAGAUGAACACGGCUCUAAUUCAGUGGCAUCCUCCUGUGGAAACUUUUGGCCCGCUGCAGGGCUAUCGCCUGAAGUUCGGUCGCAAAGACAUGGAUACAUUAACAACCAUGGAGUUCUCAGAGAAGGAAGAUCACUUCACGGCCACAGACAUUCACAAAGGAGCUUCUUAUAUCUUCAGGCUCUCAGCUAGAAAUAAAGUGGGCUUUGGGGAGGAGAUGGUUAAAGAGAUUUCUGUUCCUGAAGAGGUACCCAGUGGAUUUCCCCAAAAUCUCCACUCGGAAAGCUCUACUUCUACAUCAGUUCAAUUAACUUGGCAGAUGCCACUCUUGGCAGAAAGAAAUGGCAUUAUCACCAAGUAUACCAUCUUGUACAGAGAUAUCAAUGUUGCUUACCAGCCAGUUGAACUCCCUGUUGUUCCUGCUGAUACCACUAUGACACUUUCUGGCUUAAAACCAGAUACCACUUAUGAUGUAAAAGUACGUGCCCACACAAGCAAAGGGCCUGGUCCCUAUAGUCCAAGUGUCCAGUUCAGGACACUACCCGUGGAUCAAGCAGUGUUUGCAAAAAAUUUUCAUGUUAAAGCAGUAAUGAAGACUUCUGUUUUGCUGUCCUGGGAAAUUCCAGAAAACUACAAUUCAGCUCUGCCUUUCAAAAUCCUUUAUGAUGAUGGGAAAAUGGAAGUUGAUGGACGAGCUACUCAAAAGCUGAUCACAAACUUGAAGCCAGAGACAUCAUAUUCAUUUGUCCUGACAAACAGAGGGAAUAGUGCUGGGGGUCUUCAGCACAGAGUUACUGCAAAGACUGCACCAGACGUGCUUCGCACAAAGCCAGUCUUCAUUGGAAAGACCAACUUAGAUGGCAUGAUAACUGUGGAGCUUCCAGAAGUACCCUCUAAUGAGAACAUAAAAGGCUAUUACAUAGUUAUUGUGCCUUUGAAGAGGUCUCGUGGAAAGUUUAUCAAACCGUGGGAGAGUCCAGAUGAAAUGGAACUAGAUGAGCUGCUUAAGGAGAUAGCUAGGAAACGCAGAAGCAUUCGCCUUGGGAGGGAAGUUGAAUUAAAGCCAUAUAUUGCAGCUCACUUUGAAGUUCUUCCUACGGAAUUCACAUUGGGGGAUAAGAAGCAUUAUGGUGGAUUUGAGAAUAAGCAACUGCAGAGUGGUCAAGAAUACGUCUUCUUUGUGUUGGCUGUAAUGGAGCACUCAGAAUCUACCAUGUAUGCAACAAGCCCAUAUUCAGAUCCUGUUGUGUCAAUGGAUCUUGAUCCUCAGCCAAUUACAGAUGAGGAAGAAGGUUUGAUUUGGGUUGUUGGACCAGUUCUUGCAGUGGUGUUUAUCAUCUGCAUUGUUAUUGCUAUACUUCUUUAUAAAAGCAGUAAACCUGACAGGAAGAGGGCUGAAUCUGAUUCUAGAAAGAGCAGCAUACCCAACAGCAAGGAGGUCCCCUCUCACCAUCCCACAGAUCCAGUGGAGCUGCGACGCCUUAACUUUCAAACUCCGGGUUCGGGUGUCUCUGGUUACCCUGGUAACCUUCAUUAUUCAAGUAUGGCCAGUCAUCCCCCAAUACCUAUCUUGGAACUUGCAGAUCACAUUGAAAGGUUGAAAGCAAAUGACAAUUUGAAGUUCUCACAGGAGUAUGAGUCUAUUGAUCCUGGUCAGCAGUUCACAUGGGAACACUCUAACCUGGAAGUAAACAAACCAAAGAAUAGAUAUGCGAAUGUAAUUGCAUACGACCAUUCUCGUGUUCUACUCUCAGCAAUAGAAGGCAUACCAGGCAGCGACUAUAUCAAUGCCAACUACAUAGAUGGAUACAGGAAGCAGAAUGCUUAUAUAGCAACGCAGGGGGCAUUGCCAGAAACCUUUGGUGACUUCUGGAGAAUGAUGUGGGAGCAACGAGGUGCAACUGUCGUCAUGAUGACAAAACUAGAGGAGAGGUCCAGGGUGAAGUGUGAUCAAUACUGGCCAAGCAGAGGCACAGAAACUUAUGGACUAAUCCAAGUGACUCUUUCAGACACUGUUGAAUUGGCAACAUACUGUGUUCGUACAUUUGCACUUUACAAGAAUGGCUCAAGUGAGAAAAGGGAAGUGAGACAAUUCCAGUUCACUGCCUGGCCUGACCAUGGUGUCCCAGAACACCCGACACCGUUCUUAGCUUUCCUGCGACGAGUCAAGACUUGCAACCCACCUGAUGCCGGACCUAUGGUUGUUCAUUGCAGUGCUGGAGUCGGCAGGACUGGCUGUUUCAUUGUGAUAGAUGCCAUGUUAGAGAGAAUAAAGCAUGAAAAGACUGUAGAUAUUUAUGGCCACGUAACUCUAAUGAGAGCACAGAGGAAUUACAUGGUUCAAACUGAGGACCAAUACAUCUUUAUCCAUGAUGCACUGCUGGAAGCAGUGACAUGUGGAAAUACCGAAGUGCCAGCCAGAAACCUGUAUGCAUAUAUCCAGAAGCUGACACAGAUAGAAACAGGAGAGAAUGUCACAGGAAUGGAACUGGAAUUUAAGCGUCUUGCUAGCUCUAAGGCUCACACUUCAAGAUUCAUCAGUGCCAAUCUUCCAUGUAAUAAAUUCAAAAAUCGCCUUGUCAACAUUAUGCCAUAUGAAUCCACAAGGGUAUGCUUGCAGCCUAUUCGAGGAGUAGAAGGCUCUGAUUAUAUUAAUGCCAGUUUCAUUGAUGGAUACAGGAAACAACAAGCUUACAUAGCUACACAGGGUCCUUUAGCAGAAACAACUGAAGACUUCUGGAGAAUGCUCUGGGAGCAUAAUUCUACAAUUGUGGUCAUGCUCACUAAGCUACGAGAAAUGGGCAGAGAAAAAUGCCACCAGUACUGGCCUGCAGAGCGCUCAGCCAGAUAUCAGUAUUUUGUGGUAGAUCCAAUGGCAGAGUACAAUAUGCCACAGUAUAUUCUGAGGGAAUUCAAGGUUACAGAUGCAAGGGAUGGUCAGUCCCGAACAGUGAGGCAGUUCCAGUUCACUGACUGGCCAGAACAAGGAGUGCCAAAGUCUGGAGAAGGAUUUAUUGACUUCAUAGGCCAAGUGCAUAAAACAAAAGAGCAAUUUGGUCAGGAUGGACCAAUUUCUGUUCAUUGCAGUGCGGGUGUUGGAAGGACUGGAGUAUUCAUAACCUUGAGCAUUGUGUUAGAAAGAAUGAGAUAUGAAGGUGUUGUAGACAUCUUCCAGACUGUCAAAAUGUUAAGGACACAGCGGCCAGCCAUGGUACAGACAGAGGAUCAAUACCAGUUCUGCUAUCGAGCCGCACUGGAGUAUCUGGGCAGCUUUGAUCACUAUGCAACAUAAAAACCCAAUGUGGAUUUUUAUUGCAGGCCCUUUAAGAUCCAGAGAGCCGCUUCUGAGCCAUACGAUGUGCUUUAGAAGUACUUCUUAACUCUUAGCUAAGGAGCAAUUAUUGGGGAUAUAUAAAACAAAAAAUAAUAAAAAAAAACAAAUGAACAAAAAUAUUGGGGAUAUAUAAAAUAAAAAAAACAACAAAAAAAAAUAUCCCACCCAACAAGAAGUAUUCCAUGUGGACCAAGAAUUCACAGUUUAAUAACCUAACCAUAAUAAAAGAAUCCUGACCACUGAGGCGUCUGAAGGAUCUCAUUUACAGAUACCUCAAGGGUUCGACAUUGGUUGAAGUUAAAGGGAAGAGGAAAUUAAUCAGAAAGAGUGAUCAUCUUAUUCAGGAUUACAUGCUUUUGCAAAGACGAGUUUUGAGAACUGCAGUUCAGUGCAAGACGUUUGUUGCGAGGUUGGGUUCUGGCUUCUCAAACAAAGCGGACUCUUUACUUCAACAUCACCCUUUCCCAUCAUACUGCUCAUCCUAACACUUUAGGGAAAAUGUGGGAAUGUUUAAAAAGAAGGUCCUUGAUUUAGUUUUUUAGUAUUGUAAAGAUACUGCUGACCUGUGCUUCAUUUUUAACUGUGUAAACUUUUUCCUUUUUUUAACAAGAGUUUAUCAUUCAAUGAAGUGAAUUAAAGAAAAGGUUGCAUAACUGUUAAUAUUUUUGUUUAAAAAUGUAGAUUUUUUUUUUUUAAGCUGUAGAACUGUUAUCUGUAAUAUUGUGCUGUAGAAAUGUUAGAUACUUGGAAAAUUUGCACAUUUUUGUGCAGUCCUACAGUACCACAGUCUUGUUAGAUAUUAAUUUUGUAGUUUUAUUUGGGUUUUUUUUUUCUUUAAGAAAAUAUCCAUUGUAAUCAGUUAAAUCAAAAUGGGGCUUUUUGGUUUCUUUUGGAAUCAACAGGGAGGCGCAAAGUAUAAAGAUGCUGCUAGCACAUACACACACACGCACACAUAUGCACAUGCACACUCACACCCUCUCUCUUUUAUAUAUAUAUAUAUAUAUAUGUAUUACUGUCUACCCUUUUCUGACUCUCUAGUUGCAGAGAAUACAGAUGGAUUCAGAUACAAAUUCACACACAUGCACAUAAAUGUAUCAGUCCUUCCGUACCUGGAUUUAUCAAAGCAUUGGGAAAGUUUUUCCACAAACUACAAUUAUAUCAAACUACAAUUUGAUUAUCUCUGCAUUUUUAAGGUCCAUAAACUUCUAUUUCAAAGGGAAGUGAGGAAUGCACAUCACUGAUAUUUGAACGCCAUCUCUACCCAAAUAAUAUUUCUACCCACAUUUCCACUUGAACACACACACUUGCACACAUACAGAGCACACACAUGCACACAUGCACAGAGAGUAUGUGAUUUAGGCUUCAAGUGAAGUUCAAUAUUUGUAACACUAUAGUGCAAUAAGAAAUCAUAUUAUUAAAUGUAGGAGGUGUGCAUGUGGGAAAGGUCAGUGCAUAUCCCUUUAGGAGGGGAGAAUGUUGUAAUAUACUAGGUAUUAAGAUGUUUUAAAACUGUAUUCAAUAGUAUACUGUCUAUAGUGUGCGCUAUAUAAUUUACAUUUAUCGUAUGUAACAGGGCAAAGCCAAACACACAUUGCUCUGUGAAAUCAAACGUUUCGUGGCAUACAGCAUUGUUUGGGGAUGCUGGGGUUUAUUUUAAUUUUACAUUUAGAGUGCCUUAUAUUUGAUGCCUAUUUUGAAUAGUAUUUCUUUAAGUUAGCCUUCAUUUGUAUUUAGUUUAGUUUGUUUAUAUCUCUGUUGUUCUUUUCAAACAUUUUAAUACAUGUACCAGACAAUUUUGAAAAAUAUGCAUUACCAGUUUCUAACCAAGUGUGGAUGGUAAUAAAUGAUAACCCAAAACACAUAGGUAGUCAAGGCCCUUUAUCUUUACAUAUUUCUAAUAACAGAAUAGCCCACAAAUUGGAAGUCUGUUUCUGGUUGGCUUUUCAAACCCACUUUGUCACUCGUUAUAGUGUUAUCUGUCAUUGCCGUAAUGUAGCAGCACAGUAGCAGUAGUUGACAUCAGCAGUGCUUAUGCAUCUUUUCUUUUUUAACUUUCUUUUCUUUUUUUCUUUUUUUUUCUUUUUUUUUUCUUUUUUUUCUUUUUUUUUUCCAAAUUGAUUUUGGGCCAAGUCCAGCUCAUUCACUUGUGUCACCAGAUUGCUAAAGUCAAGCCCUUGCUUUCAGUGGGGAGGCUCAUGUAAGGCUAGCAAGACUAAGCCCACAUGACAUAUUGGAGAUUGACAGAUUUUAUUUCAGGAAAAAGGAAAAUUCUCUAAACGGCAUAAAGGACGUCUUGAGACUCUUUCUAGAAUGCCAUUUACAUUGACCUUGGUCACCAUGUGUUCUGCCAUUGUCAGUACAUCAGCAUCAAAGGAUGCUUUCUUUGGGGUUUCAAAUAGGAGCAUUGCUGUGGCUUCUCAAUGUAGCCUCAACAUAUUUUGUUCUUCUUCCAAUUUUCCCACUCCUAUGAGAAAUAAAACUAAGAAAGACCAAACUCCAGCAAUUGUAUUUGAGCACUUUUGUAAUUUAAAAAAACCCAAACCAAAAAAAUCAAAACAGAAAUAUAAAUAUAUAUAUAUAUGGAAUAGAAGUAUUAUAGAAGGCUACCUCAGAAUGAGAUUCUAUAACUCACAUCUGAACCAGAGAAGAAUGUGCACUGUAUUUCUUUCUCUUCUUCUUUCUUGAUUUAUACAUUGAAAUAAUUAUUGAAGUGCCAGGUUAUGUAGUGUGGUCAUGUUCUUUAAUUCAAAUACAUGAAAUCAGAAAUACAAAAUAAAGUGUCAUUUUGAAAACAUAGACUAAGGAAGGUUUCUGAACACUGUAUCUGUAUAAAGAUCAGUGCAUUUUCUCUAGCAGACUGUCUUGCAAGCUCCAAUGAAAAUAAGGGAGUAAAAGAAAUACAAAAAAGCAGAGCCAAUUUGUGAGAAAAACUGUUGUACAACUAAAUACUCCUUUCAGGUUUUUUGUUUCUUACGAUAGCUCUUAGCAUCAUUGAUGUGCAUUCCACUUUCUGUAUUCUAAUAUCCGCAUUCUAGUUAAAUUAAAUUGUGAGCAUCUUUGUCUACAUACAUCAUACAUUUCCAAGCUUAAAAUUGGUUUCAUCAGCAUAACCAGUACGGUGCUAUUAUUUACGUUUGUAUGUGUAGUUAUGUCUAAUUUUGUAAUUAGUUGCAAAGGGGAAAAACACCACAAAAUAUAUAAAAAUGAUUUAUACAGAAUUUUAAUUUAGCUCUUUUUUAAAAAGUUAUUUGAGUGGUUAGAUAGCAGAGAAGAUGGCUGGGGGAAGGAGUGACCCUCUAAGGAGAUUUGCACUUUCUAUAUAUACCUUUGUACUAUGCACUGCCCUAUUGAUUCUACACCCAAUAUAACUUGAACCCAUCUGUAAGAAAUUGCUUAGAAAAUCCACUUGUAUGUAUUUAAAAGACACAGAACAUGUAAAAAGGAAAAAAAAAAAAAGCAACUGCUUUUUUUUUUUUUCCUUUUAUUUUCUCCCAUUUUUCUUAUGUUUCUGUUUCUUUUUUUUAUUUUUUUUUUUUCCCUUGGUGCCCUGAUACUCCACAGAUAUCAGAAGGCUGCAGGUCCCAUUAUAACCAUCUGUUAUGUGGCUUUGCCAUUCAAGCUUGGAGUGUCUUUACAAAGAUAAUAAAAACUUGUGUUCUUUGCUCUUGUUUUGGAUGCAUAGACUGAAAAUCUUAAAAAAUUACCUUGUAAAAUGGCUUGUUUAAAAAGAUACAAUUACCUCUAAUUAGUAGUACGCGUAAAUGUUUUACAGAAUGAAAGGCGUGCUUUUUAUUUUCUUACUUGGUUACAUUGGUGGCAAAAGAAAGUCUGUAUGAAAAUCAGUUCUUUGCUGACACAAGUUCCAUUUGUUACAGAUGAAUUCUAAUAAAAUGUCAGUGUUAUGCA